UUCGUCUAGAUAUGCUGCCAGGUGUGAUGGGGAAUGUCCUUGACCCUGGUGCAACACAGGGACAAGUGAGUCUACUGCUUGGUGCUAACUCCAAACAGGAUCCGCUGAAUAAGGGGAGGAGCACCCAUGUUGGAGAGUUUGAUCCGGAGUGGGCAGACCACUUUCCCUGGCUCAUGUAUGACCAGAACCAACACAUCAUGUUCUGUCAGGUUUGCCUAUUUUCAAAGAAGAACAACAUUUUCACAGCAGGCUCCCACUUCUUCAUGAGAGAUCCGCUGAUAACCCACACUAAGUCACAGCAACACAUCGAUGCUUUGCGUCUAGUACAAGAAAAUACGAGUCCUGGCCAGUCAUUGCAGUGGCUUCAGAUGGUGCACCGGUGCCAGGAACAGAUCCAGAGUGUCAUGGGAUUGCAAAACGUGUUCGACUACACAUGGCUCAUCGACUUCCCCUGGCUAAAGUAUGAUGAAGUCGACCAUAAAGUCUUCUGCAAGAUCUGUCAAAAACACAAAAGAAAAACUUUGUUUGGACAGGGCGUCACUCUUUUCAGCCGACGUCGUAUCCGUGAACACCAGAAAAACAAAUGCCACAUGGACGCUUUGCAGUUUGAGAACUUAACAAUGGAAAGUAAUGGUGAAAUCAAGUCCAAGACUGUUAUGAGACUGGAUGCAAAUUCGGAACUCAUAUUCAGUAUGGAGACAAUGGACACUGAGAAGGAGCCACUUCAGUGGAACAGAAUAGCUCCACCUGAAGACGAUAACAAAAUCCCACCGAAGGAAACUGAUAUGGAUGUCCUCAGUAUUAAGAGCGAAGACUCAUUCCAAAGUCCUAAAUUAGUUGCUGCUGGCCCAUACAAAGUGUCUCCCGCCCUGUCGCCAGUGGUCAUGCUUACAGAUGUGAGAAAGAGUCCUCCCGAUACUUCCCUCAGUGAAGGCAGACGGACAUCGUUUUCCAAACACAGCAGCUCCCAGAGUCAGGGCAGCAGAAUCAGAAGUAAACAGUCCAAAGACAUGUGCAAGAAAUAUGUCUCAACUGGUGAUUCAGGAAGUGAAAAAAGCCCUUCCACCAAGCGAAACAAACGUCCAGCAACACCGUGUUCACCAGCUUCAUCUCUUGGGAGUCCUCCUGUGAGGGAACAGGAUGUGGAUGCAGACAUCAACACAUUGUUACCUCUGGUGGUGAUGGACAGCAUUGAUACUGUACCCAAGUCGGUAGCGAAAAGGUUAUGUUUUGAUAGCCAAUCUGAUGUUGGUUUGGCUAAUGGUUUGUCUAGUACUGAUCCAAGCAGGCAGAAAAGAUUUGCUGUUAAUAGUGAAAAGAAGCUGAAGGAAGAUCCAGAUGACAUCCUUAUUAACUAUUUAUCUUGUCCUGCUGAUACUCCGAAAAAGAAAUGGUCGGAAAAUAUAGACGCAUCUUUGUGGAAACCUGUUGUUGUGCUUGAUGACAUUGCAGAGGAUUUGUCAGUUCUGAAUGCACAUUCCUUUCGAACAAAACUUCAUUGUGGUCAGACUAAAGAGAAAACUGUUGACACAUCCAAGAAAGCACCUAAGCGAUUACUUUCAACUGACACUGAAUCCGUGGCAUCCAAGAAAAGCAGGGACGAAGAUCAUGAUGUUAAUGAUGACGUACCUUUGAGUGUCAGAGUUGAGGUUAGUAAGGCAAAUAAUAGUAAGACAACAAGGCCUUCAGAUCUUGUUAAUGUUGGAGAGAGUGAAAUUGUUGGACUCAAUGAAAUAAAAUCCAGUACUGGAAAGAAAUUAAGGAAUGCAGACAAAUGUUCUGCGGAAGUUUCCCUCGAGACUGGAAGGUGUCGAAGUAGUCGGAAGAAAGGUGCAGAGUCGACAUGGUCGGACACCGAGCCUGCUGAACCUUCGCCAGGCAACGUUUAAGAAAGACGCAAAGUCUACGCGGUCGGACACAGAGCUGGCCGAACCUUCACAAGUGACAUUUGAUAAUAGUUACGAUAUGAUGGAGAUUCUAGAUGGACUUGAUCUAACGGACAUGAUGAUGUGUCAUGUUGUACUUAAGCGGAUAACUGUUUGAUGCCAGAAUAGUUGAAGCCAUGAGUAGAGCUUGUUACAGGCCCGCUUAUGGGGACAAAACCAAAGCAUGGAAGGAAUAUGAUUUUUUUGUUUUUCAAAAUGAACUGCCUAAAUAUUGGUCAGUUGGACUGCAGAAAUUUUGUUCAAUUGUGUGCCACUUUGUGUGCCACAAAAAUCUUCAUAAAUCAACUCAAUAAUUUAACAAACUGAUUAAAAAUGAACAUGACAUGUGUUUUUUAAUACCGAGAACUCUGUUGGGUUUAUGAUACUGAUGUGUUAAAAUAAAAUUCACACUUACUGUAGAAGAUUACACUA